AUGGGGCAAUCAGGAUCAAGAGAAAGCUUGCAUACGGGUACGAUGACCCGUCUCUCUGAGGAUAUGCAAUUGUAUCGUUUUGUUGAUAUGCAUGGAGGCGGUGAAUUAAUCCCAUGGAUGAGGUACGCGCGCACCUCUGGAGAUCAUUCAAUUAUUGAUGAAUAUCUCGAUACAAAGAUCAAAGAUUUUCUGUAUAAAGGCGGAGAAGGGAAGCUUGUUACCGUACCCGAACUUGUCAAGAUUAGAAACAAGCAAAGAAACGCAAUGUUGUCAACUUUUGCUCGCAAAAAGGGAAAAGGCAAAUCAGGCCCCAAUGUUCUCGAUGAAUUCAACCAAGAAGGGGAGAACGUGGGCGACUUGAAAAAGGCCUUGAAAUUACUUGAUGGAGGUGGCAAAGGCAAAGGUGAUUAUUACGGCCUGUCACCGCUCCACCAGGCGAUUGUGAAUGAAGAUCCGUAUAUGGUUCGUAUACUUUUGAAUAAAGGAGCUGACGUCAGCAAGAGAUGCUACGGAGCAUUUUUCUGUGCUGACGAUCAAAAAGUGAGUCGCACAGACUCGCUGGAGCACGAAUACGUUGAAUUGGCACUAAAAACAAACUACAUCGGUCAUAUGUAUUUCGGUGAAUAUCCUAUCCACUUUGCCGUAUGUAUGAAUCAGCCGGAAUGCUAUCGAUUGUUGUUGGCAAAAAAGGCGAAUCCAAAUGCACAGGACACGAAUGGGAAUACGGCACUGCAUAUGUGCGUUAUACACGAGAAUGUGGAAAUGCUACGUUUGGCUGUGGAAUUGGGCGCGAAUCUGAAGAUAAUGAAUCGCCAGGGGCUUACACCGCUUACAUUGGCUGCUCGAUUAGCCAAGAAACAGAUGUUUGCCAUAUUGCUCGACAUGGAAUCGGAGCCAACUGCCUUUCCUCUAUUCUGUAUUGAUUCGAUCAACGAACAGAAUGGAGAAAUUAACGAUAAUUCGGCGCUGGCGCUCGUUGUAUAUGGGGAAACAUACGACCACCUAGAAUUGUUGGACGGGCUGCUGGAAAAUAUUCUGCAAUCGAAAUGGGAAUCUUUUGCUCGGAAUACAUGGCGCAAGUAUUUGGGAUCGUUCGCAUUCUAUUAUUUGGUCUUUUUCAUGGCAUUUAUGAAUCGACCUUUCUCACAGACAACGGAGAUGCUAACAAAUGGGAUGAUCGAGGGUGACAGUGGACGGCCAAACAGCAACAAUUUUUCAAAGACGUGGCUAUGGAGUAAUGGAGCUGGAGAAGAGCUGUUUAGCUAUCGCCACGAUGAAUUUGCAGAGCAAGUCUCUCAAUGUCAUCUGCUAAAAUAUGGCCAAUUGCCGUUUAUUCAAGGCUAUUUUCGACUAAUUUGCGAAUUGCUGGUAGUGUUAAUGGUGAUAGUACAAUUAGUACUCGAUCUUCUUGAAAUUCAUCGAAUCGGCCGACACAAAUGGUUCAGCAUAAUUAAAGCUUUCCCGGCAAAGUGUUUUUACAAAACUACGUUUUUUGCUGUACUAGCAUUGGUACCGAUUAGGUUAUUGUGCCACGUACAAGCCGGAUUCCUGGUUGUAGAUAAUGUUCUCUCAUCCUUAUUAGUUAUUGCUACAACCCUUCAUUUUCUCUAUUAUAGCAGAGCGUUGAAGUUUAUUGGACCCUUUGUCUUAAUGAUCUACACAAUUAUUGCAACAGACAUGAGCCGUUUCUUUUUGAUUUAUUCAAUAUUUAUGGUUGGCUUUUCACAGUCAUUUUACUUGAUCUUCACGGCCUGUGAGAGGGCCCAGCAGUCAACACAAAAUGGCAGCGAGCCCCUCAUGCGCAACGAUGAAUUCCAGAAUGUACUAAAAUAUCCGAGUGACGCCCUUGUCCGCACAUUCAUUAUGACUGUUGGAGAAUUCAUGCAGCUUUAUCGACAAAUGGCUCAAUGCAAUUCAAGUCUGAUGAAACCAAUCGGCAAGCUGUGCUUCAUCAUUUUCGAAAUGGGCGUUUCUAUAUUGCAAUUCAAUUUAUUAAUUGCAAUGAUGACAAGAACGUAUGAAACCAUCUUUCAAACCAGAAAAGAAUGGAAGCGACAGUGGGCGCAGGUUAUUUUGAUGCUCGAAUUAUCGCUGUCCCCUGAGAAUCGACUAUCGUCUUUGACUGACUAUUCACGGCCUAUUGCAAGAAAACUGAUAAUGAUCCCAUCGAUAAUCUUACCAUUCGAAAAAUUCGCAAAGACAGAAGCGGUGCGAAACGAAAAAAAAGUCAAAGAUAACUGCUGUAUCUGUGGAACAUCCGAA